AUGGGCAAAAUAUCCGGAAAAACACACAAAUUUGUUCGAGGAAAUGUACUUUCUGAUGGUACAUGUUUAUACUGGUCUGCUCUGAAAGUAUUCAACCAACCUUUACUUGAGCAAUACAAUGAAGACUUACGUAUACAUACGGCCAAUUAUAUUCGUAACCAUAAAGAAAUCCAUUAUACGAUUUCAAAUAGGGGCACAGUCGACGAAUAUUGUUCGGCAAUUGAAGAAGGAAAAUUAUGGGGUGGUGAUCUUGAACUUCAAGUUCUAUCUAAUAUAUACAACACAAUAAUUUGUUUAAUAUCUGUGACCGAAUGUAAUGGAGCAAAAUUUGUAUGGUCUUUGUUCUACGGUGAAAAUAAUUCAUUAGCAACAACGUAUGUUUGUAUGUUGCAUGAUGUACAACAAGGACAUUAUGAUCCAUUAUAUGUUAUGAACAUUAAAAAUACGAAUGAAAAAGAAACAAUAUUUGAUCGAAAUGAUAAUACAAUUAAAGAACUUCUUGCAGAUUUUAUUCGAAAAGAACUUAAAUAUGAUGACUAUGUAAAAUUAGAUUCUAUGGCAAGUGUCAAUGUGAAUGAAGUAUCAUGUGCAAUGAAUGAUUUGAAUGAUACUGAAAUAAUAUCGAAUUCGGUCCUUCAAAAUUUACCAACAAAACGAAAAUUAGAUGAUCAUGAUAUAAUCAUAUUUGGUGAAGAUAAUGAAAGACAAUUACCAAUAGAGAUAUCCAAAGAAUAUUACCUUUCAAAUAAACGAACAAAAUCUGUUGAAGAUGCUAGUAGUCAUAUUUCGAAAUAUUAUGAUAACGAUAUGAAUUCAAUAAAUUUCAUAGAAUGUUUACAAAUUGAUAUGCCUAAUGAUAUGUCUGACUUGGUGAUGAAUAAAAACUCAAUAGCAGAAUGUUCAAAAAUUUUAAAUAAGAAAGAUCAAAAAGAAAAAAAGAAUUGUAACAAAGAAUCGACUAAACAAGUGGAUGAUGAUAUACAAAAUUAUGACAGUAAAUCAUCAGAAUCAAAAUUAUCGACUUAA